GAUAUGGAAACUUCUUUCCUCGCACAACCGCAGGACGAAUUGUUUCUAUGUUGUAUGCGAUAAUUGGCAUUCCGUUGGUGUUCACUAUUCUGUGCGAAUGGGGAUUCCUUUAUUUCACAUGGAUAGAAUACGGGUGGAAUUGGGUGAACGAAAGAUUCUGCCAAAAGAGUCUUCAACGUCAAGUGGAGAAGCGUCAUUUAAGAGAGAGGUAUACUGGACUAGAAUAUACCAGAAUUCGUCGAGUUGGCAGCGAGCUGUCAUUGCAUAGCAUGGCACAGGUGCCGCUGUUGAGUGUACAUAGAACUACGAGUAACCUAGUGAAUACUACUGAUCACCAGGUUUGUUAAUG